AUGGCGAACGAGAAGAACGACGCGCCCGUCACCCCCACUGAGGUGGGGAGGACCCAAGGUCUUUUGACCGACGAGAAGCUUCCUGCUGAUGCGCAUACCCAUGAGAUUAGCCGUUUGGACUCUGAGGAACAAGUCUUCGAAUCUCACCUCAACGUUACUGAGGAUGAUCUCAUUGAGGCCAAGGCCAUCGCCGCCAACCUCACACUAGAGGGAGUGCAAAAGAUGAUGAAAAACGUUCUCAGAAUCCAUGAUCGCGACCCCAACUUUCCUCACAGUGUUCUUAUGAAGAUCCACGAGUUCCUUGACAACGAGAACGUGUUCGAGAACCCCGAGAAGCACGAACAGAUCAUUUGGGAGAUGAAGUUGGAGGCUGCCCUGAUCACGAACAACAGCCCCUACUCCGAAGUUCGAGCUGUCGUCGACAACAAGGAUGACCCUAAUCUUCCCUGCGGAACGAUCAGAGCAUGGACGAUCGGUGUUUUCUUCUCUGUUUUUCUGGCUUUCAUCAACCAGCUCUUCAGUAUUCGUCAACCGGCUAUCAGCAUCGAGUCCAAUGUCGCCCAGCUGCUGGCCUUUCCUAUUGGUAAGGCCUGGGAGAAGCUCAUGCCAAACGUCGUCUUCACUGUCUUUGGUCACAAGCUGCCGCUCAACCCCGGACGAUUCAACAAGAAGGAGCACAUGCUCAUCGCCAUCAUGGCUAACACGGCCAAGAGUCUGCCGUACACUCAGUACAUUGUCUGGACACAAGUGCUUCCUCAGUACUUCAACCAACCGUACGCAAAGAGCUUCGCCUACCAAAUCCUGAUUGCCCUCUCCACCAACUUCAUCGGAUACGGUCUGGCCGGUUUGACCCGACGAUUCAUUGUGUACCCCUCCUACUGCGUCUGGCCGGCCUCGCUUGUCACCAUCGCCCUCAACUCAGCCCUUCACCAUGAGAACAACGUUGCGGUGCCUGGACCCUUCAAGAGGCUGUACUCCAUGACUCGCUACAAAUUUUUCUUGUGGUCUUUCGGUGCCAUGUUCAUCUACUUCUGGUUCCCCAACUACCUCUUCGAGGUUCUGACCUUUUUCUCAUGGAUGACAUGGAUCUCCCCCAGCAAUCACAACCUGGAGAUCUUGACGGGAUUCCGCAAUGGCUUGGGCAUGUUCAACCCCUGGCCUACCUUUGACUGGAACGUCAUGUUGUUCGACAGCGUCGAUCCCUUGAUGGUCCCGGCUUUCUCCACCUUCAACCGAACCCUCGGCAUGUUCCUGCUCGGAUUCGUUAUCAUGGGACUCUACUUUACCAACGCCUGGAACACUGCCUACCUCCCCAUCAACUCCAACCGUGUCUACGACCACUUUGGCAAGCUGUACAACGUCUCGCGUGCUCUCGACGACCGCGGCAUGUAUGACCAUGCGAAGUACAUGGACUACUCGGCUGCCUACCUUGCCGCCGCCAACACUUUGGUCUACGGUGCCUUCUUCGCCAUGUACGCCGCUGCUGUUACGCACGUUGCCAUCUUCCACCGCUACGAGAUCAUGAUGGGUUUCAAGAACAUCUGGGCCAGCAUCCGCCGUAAGAAGACUGUCCCGGAGGAUGGUGACGACGGCGAGUACAAGGAUGUCCACAACCGUCUCAUGGCCGCCUACCCUGAAGUUUCGGAGUGGUGGUACCUAGGAACCCUCAUAGUUGCAGCUGGACUUGGUUUUGCCGGCGUCGCGGGAUGGCCUACCUACACCACACCAGGCGUCGUCCCCUACGGUAUCUUCUUAGCUGUCGUCUUUGUUAUCCCCAUCGGUAUUAUCAAGGCUAUGACCGGUGUCGAAGUUACGCUCAACGUCUUGGCCGAGUUCAUCGGUGGUAUGUGGGUGGAGGGCAACGCGCUUGCCAUGAACUUCUUCAAGUCCUUCGGUUACGUCACCUGCGCUCACGCUGUCCACUUUGCGAACGAUCUCAAGGUCGCCCACUACCUGAAGAUCCCGCCUCGUCAGACCUUCGCCUGCCAGAUGAUUGCCACCCUCAUCUCGACCUUUGUGUGCACCGCUGUCAUCAACUUCCAAAUUCAAAUUCCCAAAGUUUGCACUCCCGAAGCGCCGAUGCGUUUCUUCUGCCCCGGCCCGAACACCUUCUUCACCGCCGCCGUCCUUUGGGGCACCAUCGGCCCCAUCAAGGUCUUCGGUCACCAGGGACAGUACAACUAUCUCCUGCUCGGCUUCCCCCUUGGAAUCAUCCUGCCCAUCAUCUUCUACUUCCUCAUCAAGUGGUCUCCUAAGAACCGUUACCUCCGCCAGUUCCACCCCGUGGCCCUCUUCUACGGCGGUGUCAACUGGGCCCCCUACAGCUUCUCCUACGCCUGGCCUGCUGUUCCCAUUGCGUGGCUGUCGUGGAUCUAUGUUAAGAACCGCUACUUGGCCUUCUGGUCCAAGUACAACUUCGUGCUUUCGGCCUCGUUCUCCGCCGGUAUCGCCAUUGCUGGCAUUCUUAUGCUCUUCACCGUGCAAUGGCUCGGCGCCGAUGUUGAAUGGUGGGGUAACAGCCAGGUCAGUGCUGGCUGUGAGGGCAAGGCGUGCACUCUGAAGACCCUGGCCGAGGGAGAGCGAUUCUACCCCUGGUGGAACCCGUCCCAGGUCCCGGCUCCUUAA